AUGAGCAUCAAUACCGACGGGUCGGUCAAACAACCGGGAUCGCUUGCUGCAGCGGGAGGUUUGAUCCAAGACUGGACAGGACGCUGCGUGGACGCUUUCGUGGAGAAUCUUGGAAUUUUCACGAUCACCAGAGCUGAGAUCAAAGCGGCAAUUCGUGGCCUGCAGAUGGCUUGGAGGAAAGGCUAUCGCAAGGUUCACAUUCAAUUGGACUCUACCACUGCUGUCAAUAUCCUCUCCUCCCAAAAUCAGACCGAUCACAGGUACUUCAACCUGGUCCAACAAUUCAAGGGACUAGUUCAGCAAAAUUGGGAAGUUAAAAUUUCCCAUACCUACAGAGAAUGCAACAAGGCCGCGGACUUCUUGGCGAAUAAGGGUCACGGUGUUAGCAUAGGUUUCCAUGAUUUCAGGAUCGAUGAUCCAGGUUUAUCGUUUUGGAUUUUGUAUGAUACUUAA